AUGCAAAUUGGCGUUCGAAUACUUUUUACUGGCUUAUUGUUAGCAGCUGUCCUUCAUGGUCAAGGAGGAGGUGGUGAAGGUGAUAGAAGUGGCAGUAGUGAUCAUAAAAAUGACGUUUGGGGUUAUCCAAGAGAAAUCAAUGGACAUGGAUCGGACGAAAUCGGUGUAUACACUGUUACUGGCAAAUAUUCUACGAAAACUAAUGAAAUUGAGCUCAUAAAAACAUAUCAAUCAAACACAGGCGAUUCUAAUGAGAAUUUAGGACAUCAGGUUACCAUUGAAGUUACGUGGAAUCCGGAUGAACGCCAGUUUACAGGUAAAUGGUAUGUGGAUACAAGUAUGUUUAGUGGUGAAGACGCAUUUGAACUCAAGUUUGAAAGACCACUAGGACAAUUAACAGACAAGAAAAACGACAAUCCUUAA